AAAGCACAGACCUUUUGUAACAGUGUAACCUCAUUAUCUCCCCACCACUGGGUUCAUUCCCUCAUGGUGGCCUAGCGGUGGUGGAGCCAUCAUUUGAGUCAUCCUAAUCCUCAUUGUAGCUGUUGCUGAAAGAGUACUUUAAAUAGGGUACAUGUCAUAUUAUAUAAAUGCUUUAAAUAUGUGUAAAUAAAUAAAUAUUAAUAAAUAAGUUCAUGAUGAGCAAGGUUAUAAAAUAUGAUUACAAAUGUGUGAUUGUUCAUCUCCUGGAGAGAACGUAUGUGUAUUUUGUUAAUUGUGUUGCAAGGCGGAACAAUUGUUGUAAUGUUACGCCCCCCACGGACUGAUAAGAGGAGAGAACAUGCAAGAAAGUUGGAGCCAUAAGCACGUUGUCUUCAGCUCCUCAAAAGAUUUACAAGUUAAAUGCACUGUAUGAUAAGAAACUUCAAGCAAACCUCUGUUAGAACCUCUUUUCGUUACAAGCAGCCAACGAGUUCUCACGGCGUGGAUGGUGUGUACAGCAAGAAGAAAGGCAUCAAUAAACGCCCGUUUUCCAAAAAGAACUGUUCCUGUGUUGCCGUGUAUUCGAAAGGAGUUACAGUGAGAACUCGACUGCCUUCGCGGGUAGGAGAGACACGGGACCAUAUGGUGGAAGAAGACGAUAGAAGCAAGUUCAACGAACAUUGAUAGCUAAGUUUCCAUUCAUGCUAGCGCAUCUCGAAGACGAAGAUUAGCCUGCCUGUCAAUCAAGUCGAUUUCCAGGACAAAGAAGCCCCGCCAAAGCCAAGUGGUGGGAGAAGAAGUUUCUGGAAUUCACAAGGACUCAGGUUAUCACUUUGCAAACGGUGCCUAGUAUGAAGGUUUCAAACUAGUAUUAUGUUCAUUUGCUGAUAUUGUCGAACUGUAUGUGUUUAACUGCAAAUUAGUCCAACUGCAGACCAAGAAGGCUUUUAGUUUCAAACGGUGCAACAGCAUAAUUCAAAAGAAAGAUUUUGUAAUUUCAGUUCAUUCUGCCAGGUGUAAAAGGCAUUCUUAAGUUAAAGCAAGAUUGGCAUAUUUCUGUUAAUUAAGCCAGCUUAAUAAGGCAUCUUUGAGUUUGGUCAAGAUUUAUACAUUUUCUGUUUACUAAGCAAAGGGCAUUUUAAGUUGAAUUUAUAAGUCUAUGGGAGACUCAAUGUACAUAUAAACCCCAAAUUAAGUAAUAAUCAAAAUAGGCCCAAGUAACUUCCUCUUUAUUAAGAGCUUUCUGCACAAACCUUUAGGAAGCAUUUGCAGAAUUAACAAGUAAACAGUAGGCUGUUCAAGUAAAACAUAGCCUAGGCUAAAUAGGCCUAAUUUAAGUGACUAGGUAUUUUCAACUCAUAUAAAACUACUUCCAAAUUAGUUUAAUUAAUCUUCUCAACACAUUGUCAAUUGACAAGCCUCAUUAUUUCAAUAUGUCUGAUUCAAGCACAAAGGUUACAGAUUCAAACAUAAAUGUUACAGAACCAAACACAGAUAUUAUAGAACAGAUCACAAGCUCACAUAUUACUGAACAACACACAGACUCACUAGCUCAGCCCGAGGUUGAUGCCCAAGCUGUAGAAGGAGAAGACACUGUGCGAAGAAGCAAAAGAACUCGAACCUUGACGGAAAAGGGGAAAGAGCUCCAAGAAGAAAAUUCAAAAGGCGUACAUCGCAGAUACAGACUUGCCUAUGAGAAAUGGAAGUGUAAUGCGAAGCUAGCUAAAGAAUGGUUGAGUGAUGAAAUCUCAGAUGAAGAAUUAAACAAGUUGAUUGACGAUCUACAAUCCACAUGCACAGAUGUUAAGACAACAUAUGAAGAACUCCGUCAAAUACAAGCUCCUGAUGCAGACGUGCGACGCAAAGUGGAUGCAUGUGUAGCUAUGUCCGAAUUCAUGAUUAAAAGAGCACAACAACUCAUUGAUGGUGACGCUGCAUUGAAUGAGGAACAAUGGCCAGACGUCGGCUCCAUUCUCAAUUCAUCAAGUCCAUCAUUAAAGUCUCUAUACCUCCGUUCAGAACACAACACUCAUUCGAGCAAUCAUUCAGUCAAGAGAGAUGAGGCUGUAGCAGAAGCAGCUGCUGCCAAAGAAGUUUUGUCAGUGCUAGAGGAGCAGGACAAGGAAGUCACUGAACUUCAAAGACUGGAGGCUGAAUCGCUAGCCAGACAACAGGCAAUACAAAAUCAGCUCCGAAAGCUUGAGCGCUUAGAAGAAGUAAAAAAGCUGAAUGCAGCCAAGGCCCGAGUCAAGGUGUACGAUGAACUCAGUGACAAGUCCGAAGUAGUUAGUCUACCACAUGAUGUCAAAUUGCCAUAUAAGUUACAAACCCACAAAGCAUCAAGUCCUGCAUUCAUUCCUCAACAAGCUCAAGUACAAAGUCAUUAUCAUCCCGACGUUCAAUUAGUCGCACAAGUCUCACCAAAAGGGCAGGCACAAGGUCCUGAUCUAGCAACUGCUCUCGCUGAAGCCAUGAGUGCUAAUCGUCUCCCAACACCUGAACCUACAGUAUACACGGGAGAUCCCAUAAAGUACAACGACUGGAAAUUAUCAUUUCAAAUACUAAUUGACCGAAAAGGCAUUCCAAAAAAUGAGAAACUCUACUACUUGAGAAAGUAUCUAAGCGGUGCUGCGAAGAAAGCUGUCGAGGGACUCUUCCUGAUCGGCACAGAGGCAGCGUACGACACUGCAUGGAAGCUGCUAGAGAAGCGCUUUGGAGACCCUUUCGUAAUCGGGAAGUCCUUCAGAGACAAGCUGCAUGCGUGGCCAAAGGUAAACUAUAAAGACGGAUGCGAACUCAGAGAACUUGCAGAUUUCCUCCAGAGCUGUGAGGCCGCAAUACCUCAUAUUAAGACGCUAGAGAUUCUCAAUGACUGCACUGAAAGUCAGAAGAUCUUGUCAAAGCUCCCAGACUGGCUUGUGUCGAGAUGGAAUCGUAAAGCAAUGGAAGCAAGACAAGCAAAAGCUGAAUAUCCUCCUUUCAAAGAGUUGGUGAACUUCUUAUCAAAGGAAGCGGAUCUGGCGUGUGACCCAAUAUCCUCUGUCCAAGCACUCAAGAAUACACAGAAUGAGAAACCAAGGCAGACAAGGACUGAAACCAUAAAGGCAAAAACAUUGUCGACAAAUACAACACAGAACACUGUCUCUUGUGUCUUCUGCAAGAAGUCUGGACACCGGCUGGAGAAGUGUUUUAAGUUUGUCGAAAAGACAGUCCCAGAUCGCAUCAAAUUUGUACAAGAAGAAAAACUUUGCUUCGGCUGUCUAAAGACCGGUCACCACUCCAGAAAUUGUGAGGAUAAGAGCAAGUGUGAUACAUGUCGACGAAGACAUCCAACAUGCUUGCAUGACGACAACUUCCAAAAGAGUUCUCAAGCAAAGAAAGUGGAGAGCGACUCAAAUAAAGCCAGAGGAACAGAGCAAACCCCUGCAACUGCCACUGCAACCACCAAUAGAGUUGCCCAAGGCAAUCAAGGCUCACACACAUCCUCAAUAGUACCAGUCUGGGUGUCCUCCACAAAACAGCCUGACCAUGAGAUCUUAACAUAUGCAUUGCUGGAUACGCAGAGUGACACGACAUUCAUCCUUGACCAAGUUGCUCAAGAGCUCAACACGAAGAAAGAGAAUGUCUGUCUGCGGCUUUCCACAAUGUCUUCAGUUUCUACAGUCAUACCCUGUCAAAAACUGUACAACCUUCACGUGAGAGGCUACAACAUUGACAAAAUGAUUUCACUACCACCUCUCUUUUCACGCGAGUUCAUUCCUGCUGAGAGGUCGCACAUUCCCACCUCAGAGACAGCUAAAAAAUGGCCUCAUCUUGAACCAUUGGUCGACAAGAUUCCUCCACCAUUGGACUGCCAAGUCGGCCUACUUAUAGGCUACAACUGCCAUCAAGCUCUUCUUCCCAGAGAAAUCCUAUGCGGAGAAGAAGGCCAUCCAUAUGGUCAACGGACCGACCUUGGAUGGAGCAUUGUAGGCUGUUCCAAGCCAGCUACUGAGUAUGAAGAUGCAAUAGGUCUGAGCCAUAGGGUCAUUGUACGACAAGUGACUCCUGCUGCACAACCUCUAAGUCGGCUCAAAGAAGAAGUACACUUCGUCUGCAGAAAUCAGGUCAAAGAGCUGAAUCCGUCUGAAAUCAUCAAGGCACUUGAAAUGGAUUUCACAGACCAGUCAACAGACGACAAUCCAGUCUCUCAAGACGAUCUUCUCUUCAUGUCAAGAGUGAAAGAGGGGAUAAGACAAAAAGAAGAUGGGCACUAUGAACUACCACUUCCGUUCAAGAAAGAGAAACCCAGUCUGCCAAGUAACGAAAGAUGUGCAGUUAACAGAUUAGCAGCACUGGAGAGACGACUAAGAAAGAACGAACAAUACUACAAUGACUAUGUUCUAUUCAUGAAUGACAUCAUUGCUCGUGGAGACGCUGUCAAAGUCCCAGAGUCUGAACUCCACAAGCAACCAGCAUGGUAUAUUCCGCACCACGGAGUCUACCACCCUCACAAACCAGGGAAGAUACGCGUAGUCUUCGACUGUUCUGCACGUUUCCAAGAUACAUCGCUCAAUGAUCACCUCUUAACUGGACCAGACCUGACGAACACUUUGGUCGGUGUGCUGAUCCGAUUCAGGAAGGGCCCAAUCGCCAUAAUGUGUGACAUUGAGAAGAUGUUUCAUCAAUUCCACGUGGCAAGAGAACACCAGGACUACUUGAGGUUCCUCUGGUGGGACAAAGGCGAUAUGAACUCUAAACCCUCGGUGUACAGGAUGCGCGUGCACUUGUUUGGGGCAGCUUCAUCACCCGGCUGCUCCAACUUUGCCCUCAAGCACCUUGCCGCACAAGGCCGCGGCCACUACAAUGAAGAGGCGAUAAGGUUCAUCCAGAGAAGUUUUUACGUUGAUGAUGGCCUAACAAGUGUUUCCACAACCACAGAGGCAAUCAGCCUGAUCAAAGAAUCAAGAGCCCUAUGCAGAACGGGAAACUUGAGACUACACAAGUUUGUGUCAAACAGUAAGGAUGUGAUCAACUCAGUGCCACCAACAGAAUGUACUCAAGUCAAGGAUCAAGACAUAGCACUAGGAGAACACAUCGAACGAGCCCUCGGUGUCCAGUGGUGUGUUGAAGCAGACGAGUUCCAAUUCAGAAUCAUCGUGAAGGACAAACCACUCACUAGAAGAGGAGUGCUCUCAACUAUCGCCUCUGUCUUCGACCCACUUGGCUUUGUGGCGCCAUUCAUACUGCUCGGUAAGCAGAUUCUUCAAACACUGUGCAGCGAGAAGGUAACCUGGGACGAAGCGCUUCCAGAACACGUUCGCCCACGGUGGGAGUCAUGGCUGAGAGACUUACCUGAGCUGGCAUCUUUGAAAAUCCCAAGAAGUUACUCACCUGAAGAAUUCGGGAAGACUUCAAAGUAUGAACUACACAACUUUUCAGACGCAAGUUGCAUAGGCUACGGUGCCUGCUCGUACCUUCGAGUCACAAGUGAAACCUGACAGGUCAGCUGUUCACUCAUCAUGGGAAAGUCGAGGGUCGCCCCCACGAAACUGACCACAAUCCCAAGACUUGAACUAUCAUCUGCAGUCACCUCUGUGCGCAGUGGUGACUCCAUCAGAGGAGAGCUGGAAAUAGAAGCUCUGCCAGAGUACUACUGGACUGAUUCAAAGGUAGUACUAGGCUAUGUGAAUAAUGAUGCCAAGAGAUUCCAUACAUUCGUUGCGAACCGCAUACAGCGAAUCAAAUCAAGUACCGACUCUGCACAAUGGCACCAUGUCAGCUCCGAAGACAACCCAGCAGACCUGGCGUCUAGAGGAGCCAGUGCAGCCCAAUUGAAGGACUCUUGUUGGUUGAAGGGACCAGACUUCCUUUGGCAACCCAAUCUGUCAAUUAAAGAACCAAUAGUAGAAAUGGAUGAUGCUGACCCAGAACUGCGGAAAGCCUAUGUUCAUACUGUCAAAGUCGAAAUCAAAAACCCAUUGCUCAGCCAUCUAAGUAAGUUCUCAGACUGGUCAAGAGCUGUGAAGGCUGUCGCUAGACUAAAGAAAUACAUCAGGAAACGUAGUGGAGGUCAAGUAGGGACCGGCGAAACUACAAACCUGGAAGAGAGACGCGAAGCAGAGCUGUUCAUCAUCAAGCUUACACAAGAGGAAGCCUUUGCUGAUGAACUAAAGAAAAUCAAAUGCAACGGAGCUGAAAAACUCUGCAAGCGCAACAAGCUCUACCGACUGAACGCCUACCUUGAUGUGAAUGAUAUCCUCAGGGUGGGAGGACGGUUGUCUCAGUCAGCUCUGCACCACGAUGUGAAGCAUCCAGCAAUACUGCCACGGAAAGCACACGUGUCAGACCUGAUUGUCAAGUAUCACCAUGAACGUGUACACCACCAAGGAAGAGGGAUGACAAUGAACGAGAUACGCGCAAAUGGCAUAUGGAUUCUUGGAUGCGGAAGUGUCGUCUCCUCUCACAUCUACAAGUGCGUCCCAUGCAGAAAGUAUAGGAGAACCACAGAAGUUCAACAAAUGGCAGAUCUCCCAGAAGAGAGAACUCUGACAAGUCCUCCAUUUACCUACUGCGGACUCGACUGCUUUGGUCCAUUCCUUGUGAAAGAAGGAAGAAAAGAACUUAAACGAUAUGGGUUGAUCUUUACCUGCUUAUGCUCUAGAGCAGUGCAUAUAGAGACCCUAGACGACAUGACCACUGAUGCGUUCAUUAACGCCCUCAGAACACUCAUAGCCAUCAGAGGCCCUGUGCGACAACUGAGGUGUGAUCAGGGGACAAAUUUUAUGGGUGCUAGAAGAGAGUUUGCAGAGCUACUCAAGGGCAUGGAUCAAGAGCGCCAAAGGGAAAUCGGUUGUGAAUUCAUUGUGAACAUCCCAUCAGCAAGUCAUAUGGGUGGAGUCUGGGAGCGCCAAAUUCGAACAAUUAGAAGCAUCCUGACGACCAUGUUCGACAAGUGGGCAAACAGACUUGACACCACAAGCUUGAAGACGCUCAUGUACGAAACGAUGGCCAUUAUCAACAGCCGACCUUUGAGUGUUGAACAUCUCCACGACCCAACAGCUCCAGAGCCUCUUACGCCAAACCAUAUUCUCACCAUGAAAUCUGCAGUCAUACUGCCACCUCCUGGACAGUUCUGUAAAGAGGAUCUGUAUCUGCACAAGAGAUGGAGAAAGGUGCAGUUCUUGGCGAAUGAAUUCUGGCAAAGAUGGAAGCGAGAAUAUCUGCUGAACCAACAACAACGUCAGAAAUGGCACGGACCAUCAAGGAACUCACAAGUGAACGACAUUGUGAUCCUCAAGGACGAGUGCGCCCCAAGAAAUGAAUGGAAGCUCGCAAGAGUAAUCGAAGCUCAGCCUGGAAGAGAUGGCAAAGUGCGCAAGCUGAAGCUGGUGCUCAGUGAGACUUCUGUCGACAAGGGCAAACCUCACACAAGACUGAUUCAUUUAGAAAGACCUAUUCACAAAAUAGUAACGCUAGUAGAAGCCGUUUAGGACGCACACACACACACAGGCUACACACACAGUCAUGCACACACGCACACAGAUACUUAAAACUGGUGAAGAUAAAAGGGAGAAAUCCCACAUCUCAGGUGUAGAGUGUAGCUGUUGCUGAAAGAGUACUUUAAAUAGGGUACAUGUCAUAUUAUAUAAAUGCUUUAAAUAUGUGUAAAUAAAUAAAUAUUAAUAAAUAAGUUCAUGAUGAGCAAGGUUAUAAAAUAUGAUUACAAAUGUGUGAUUGUUCAUCUCCUGGAGAGAACGUAUGUGUAUUUUGUUAAUUGUGUUGCAAGGCGGAACAAUUGUUGUAAUGUUACGCCCCCCACGGACUGAUAAGAGGAGAGAACAUGCAAGAAAGUUGGAGCCAUAAGCACGUUGUCUUCAGCUCCUCAAAAGAUUUACAAGUUAAAUGCACUGUAUGAUAAGAAACUUCAAGCAAACCUCUGUUAGAACCUCUUUUCGUUACAAGCAGCCAACGAGGUAUUGUAUUUUUGUAAUUUCAUUUCUUUAUUAGUGUUUAUUGAUGCAAACCGUUAUCUGACGUACUGUAUUGUACUGUGUUUAAGUUCUCACGGCGUGGAUGGUGUGUACAGCAAGAAGAAAGGCAUCAAUAAACGCCCGUUUUCCAAAAAGAA